UAUUUUAGAGACAGGGUCUCGCUCUGUCACCCAGGCUGGAGUGCAGUGGUGCAAUCACAGCUCACCACAGCCUCUAACUCCUGGGCUCAGGGCAUCCUCCCAAAGCGCUGAGAUUGCAGGCAUAAGCCACCAGGCUCAGCCUAUUUCCUUUAUGUUGUACUUAGUCCCAGAUAAAAAGUGACCUUAGAUUAGUCCUUUCCUCUUUUCUUGAGGUGAGGGGGGCUUAGAUUCCCGUACUGUGAAACAGAAGAAUGGACUCUGUGCUAUGUGACAAAUAUAUGUAUAUAAAUGUGUGUUACACACACAUAAAUUAUAUAUAUGUUUUCAUUUUCAUAUUUUGCAAGGAGGGUAGCCAAAUGCUCUGGACCCCCGGUUCUUUCUGUAGAGUACCCUCUGAGACCCGGAACCUUUGCUCAACUCUCAGGCUGUCCGGGGAAGUUUUAGGUGGUGAUACCGAGCUACACACCAACAAAUAUAAGAGAUCGAGGCUGUGGGACUGAAGAGAGGCAGUAGCUGUUGGGAGCUAAAGUGGGCGCAGGGCUUCAGCUGAGCUGGCGGGGGUCCAGUUGGUGAGGGUUCCACGCUGUGGUGGGGACCGAACUGUGGGCUAGAGGGAGCUGCGGCGCCGAGGGGGCGGGACGGGGUGGGCUCGCGGAGGAGGCCCGCGGUUGGCCCCAACCGCCCCGGGCUGCCGCCUGCGCCCGCCUCCUUCGUUUGCAGCUACCUCUUUCCGGCUAUUGGCCGCUCUUCGGUUCUCGGGGCUUGUCUCCGUGUCCUCCGUCUCUGCUGUUUCUCUGGGUCUGUCUUCCUCUGUCUCCGUCUCCCCAGCCUUCGGGCCGGUGCCUCUCCUGGGCUUUGGCGAAUGAGACUUGGGGACCUGCCCCCGCUUCUGGAAGAGCCCCCGGCGCCCAGCUCUGCGCCGACAAAGACAGAGGAGCCGGGGUCCAGUGCAGAGGUCAUGGAAGAAGUGACAACAUGUUCCUUCAACAGCCCUCUGUUCCAGCAGGAAGAUGAUGGAGGAAUUACCUACCGGAUCCCAGCCCUGCUCUACGUACCCACCACCCACACCUUCCUGGCCUUUGCAGAGAAGCGUUCCACGAGCAGGGAUGAGGAUGCUCUCCACCUGGUGCUGAGGCGAGGGUUGAGGAUUGGGCACUUGGUACAGUGGGGGCCCUUGAAGCCACUGAUGGAAGCCACACUACCUGGGCAUCGGACCAUGAACCCCUGUCCUGUAUGGGAGCGGAAGAGUGGUUGUGUGUUCCUGUUCUUCAUCUGUGUGCGGGGCCAUGUCACGGAGCGUCAACAGAUUGUGUCAGGCAGGAAUGCUGCCCGUCUUUGCUUCAUCUGUAGUCAGGAUGCUGGAUGUUCGUGGAGUGAGGUGAGGGACUUGACUGAAGAGGUCAUUGGCCCAGAGCUGAAGCACUGGGCUACAUUUGCUGUGGGCCCAGGUCAUGGCAUCCAGCUGCAAUCAGGGAGACUGGUCAUUCCUGCAUAUACCUACUAUAUCCCUUCCUGGUUCUUUUGUUUCCGGUUACCAUGUAAAACCAGGCCUCAUUCUCUGAUGAUCUACAGUGAUGACCUAGGGGUCACAUGGCACCACGGUAGACUCAUUAGGCCCAUGGUUACAGUAGAAUGCGAAGUGGCAGAGGUGACUGGGAGGGCUGGCCACCCUGUGCUAUAUUGCAGUGCUCGGACACCAAACAGGUGCCGGGCAGAGGCUCUCAGCACUGACCAUGGUGAAGGCUUUCAGAGACUGGCCCUGAGUCGACAGCUCUGUGAGCCCCCGCAUGGUUGCCAAGGCAGUGUAGUAAGUUUCCGGCCCCUGGAGAUCCUGCAUAGGUGCCAGGACUCUAGUAGCAAAGAUGCAUCCACCAUUCAGCAGAGCUCUCCAGGCAGUUCACUGAGGCUGGAGGAGGAAGCUGGAACACCAUCAGAAUCAUGGCUCUUGUACUCACACCCAACAAACAGGAAACGGAGGGUUGACCUAGGUAUUUACCUCAACCAGACCCCCUUGGAGGCUGCCUGCUGGUCUCGCCCCUGGAUCUUGCACCGUGGGCCCUGUGGCUACUCUGAUCUGGCUGCUCUGGAGGAGGAGGGCUUGUUUGGGUGUUUAUUUGAAUGUGGGACCAGGCGAGAGUGUGAGCAGAUUGCCUUCCGCCUGUUUACACACCGGGAGAUCCUGAGCCACCUGCAGGGGGACUGCACCAGCGCUGGUAGGAACCUGAGCCAAUUCAAGAGCAAUUAAUUGGCUUAGGACCCAAUUUCCAUAGUUAGAAAUGGUAGUUACAGCCAGGUUAACAGAAGCUACUGAAGUCUACAGAGAAUCAAAAAACUUAAUAUUCUGUUCCCUACCUUUUUUCUCUUCUCCCCCUCUAAAGAGCAAAAUGAAAGUUUUGCCUUAGCUACUGCAGUGGAAAGAGCACUGAACGAGGAGUUGGAAGACAAGAAUGUGGUCCUGGCUCUGCCACUGGCUUGCUUUUGGACCCUGGACAUGUCACCUGAAUUCUCUGGGCCUCAGGUUCCCAUCUGUAAAAUGAGAAUAUUGGUUCUAAGAUUUCUCAUCUUCCCAUCCCUAGGAGAAGCAGAAUGCCUACAUGCUUUGUGAUCAGUAAGUCCUGGUUGCAUAAAGGACUCUGAUGCCAAAAUGGAAAUCAGAGGACUUAUCUUUUCACAUGACUUACCCCUCAUCCAAGUGUGAGGUUAUAAGCAGGUGUCAUGGCAGGAAGGAAAAUCAGAUCUGUAUGAUUUGUUCCAUUUUUAAUAACAAAAAUAUCCACACCCUUCUAAUCAUGCUCAGAGCUCUGUAGGCUCUCUGUCCUAGAGGAAUUCAGCAAAACAGAAGAAUCAUGAAAUCUCCUACCUCAUGAAAAACUACAGCUUUGUAGUUCUGCUUACCUUCUCUUCCUCAUCCAGAAAGUAUCAUUUGCUAGGGAGAACAAUUAGAAGUUCAAUGCCAGUAAUACUGGAUAAUAGUGCAUAUUGCUUCUGGUGGUAUUACCUUGAUGAAGGAUGGGCUGAAGUUCAGAAUUCCGUCAGGGCCUCCCUUAUUAGGAUGGUUCCUGAUGGGAAAGGACAUGGAUUAGAACUUUAAAACAAUGGACAGAAUUUCCCACAGUCUCUGCCCUCAAGGAGUUUACCAGUUUAUGGGGCUAGAAGAGGGAGAAAUUUCAAGAAAAUAAAUAUAGCUGUUGGGAGGGUUUGUAGAUUUUGGGCUAUACCUUGGAGUGAUGGUAGCUGCUGAUGUAAUUUUCUUAGUUGCGUCUUCCGUGCGCCUGGAAUCGUCUGUCCAAGGCUUGUUCCGGCUUCUGGAUUUCCCUUGUUUGUUUUUCUCAGGAUAUUGUAUCUCAGGAUACUGGCCCCAGCUGCUACGCUACCUACAAGAAGAUCUUCACCAUUAGUAAGAUCUCUGAACCACAAACCUCAGAAUUAGGCCUGUUUGUGUAGACCCAUGGAAAUCACUACUUGUGAAGUAGGGAUGGCUUUUUGUCUAAUGGUUUCGUGCUGAACUUAGUCCAUGCUGAGUCUCUCAGAUGCCACAUUGGUUGUGCCUAUCUUAGAUUGUUUCCCCCAUAGCCCGUUAUUGUGACAGAAAUUCUGUCAUGAGAGAUUUAUUUUUUGUCCCUAUUUUAGGAGGCUAAUGCUUAAAUUGGUAUCAACUAAAUAUAUUUAGUGUUGUAUAAUGACCAUGGAGAACAAGUCUUAGUCAUGAAAUAAUAGCCGCGGAGGCUAGGGGUUAUAGUUACACUAGUUGGGUAGAGAAAGUCCUGCAGGAUAAAAGUGGAGAUUAACUUUACCUACUUUAGCCAAUUGCUUAAGUCAUGGCUUAGAGUGACUUAAAAAUUCCCUUUGCCUCUCCUACAUUUGCCAAAGUAAUCUUCCCAGUACACAUUUAUUCACUCAUGUAUACAUUUAUCUAAAUAUUUCUUGAGUGCCUAAUACAAGAUACUUUCUACUGCCAUUCCUUGGCUCAAAAUCAUGUGUGGUUCCCCAUUGCCUAUUAAAGGAUAUUUACAUUUAGCCUGACAUGUAGGCCCUUCCAGCUGUUGGGUGAAAUAAUGCACAGAUACUUUCCUCUACUUCCUUAUAUGAGGCCCACUGUCAGGGAAAACCUCUUAAAGUUGGCAAGUGGAGGAAUUGGGGAAAGGGAAAGGAUUAAAAGGGUAGCUUCCUCCUGAGUGGUAGAAACUCCUUAUUCAGCAAAGCUUUCCUGAACACUAUACUGGAUAGGAAUAGGGAGGAUGGCCAAGUCCUAUGACCAGCGCUAAAGGAUGAAAAGAAUGAGAAUAUUGACUUCUUUAGGACUACUCAAGAAGGGAGUUACGGCAGGGACCUUCAUCCUGUGCAGUGUGACCCAGAGAUGUCUAAUACCAGCACUCAUAAGAGGUCUAUUUCUAAAUUGCCCUUCUCUUAACUUCUUCCCCCGCCUCAUGUUUUUUCCCUUUAAUGACUAGCAUCAAAACUCUUUAACUGGGGCAGGCCUCUGAGCUAUUUCAAGAAUAGUAAGAAAAGGGGGUUGGGAACAGGGGAAGUCCAGAAUAAGGACCUGAGAGAGGAACAGAGGUCAUGGCAGCUGUGAAGAAAAAGAACAGAUCAGAAGAAUCCUGACACCUGAGGAAGAGAGAAGUGUCACAGACAUGAGGCCUAGGCUAGAGAGAUGGUGUAGGUGGCAGCUGCUGUGAAGAAGAAAUGACAACAGGCUGGAGCUGUUCCCUGAAAUCUGUGGGAAGGAAGAGAGACCUGCACAGGCUAGCACUUAGCUUGUGGAAAAGGUUCUCAUUCAACACUGCAACUUUUAGCUGGCUUAAUUUGUCCACAUUCCAGAUGACCAACAAAGACAGCUAUAGACACUCCAACUCUGUGCCAAUUACCCAAGACCUUCAGGGUCCUGGGACCUAUUCCAUGAUACUGGUACCCUAACCCAUUUCAGCCACCCUCAGAUUGGUAGAGUGGGAAAGAUAGGGCAGGUGGUAACAGCUUUUAAGAAAAGAGGAAAGCGGAUGGGAGGCCUGUAAUCUAUAGGCAUGUAGAGAGGACUACCUACAUAGGCUGUGGUCCUUGGCCCUCAGGAGCUCCCAUCCUGUCACUUGGACUCUAGAAUGGAUCCAUCUAGCACACGUGGCCUAACACUGAGAGUGCAGGAAGCAUGGGUAGGGGCCUUCUGCCGACACAGCCUAGUGGCUGUGUUCAUGUUCUUACUGUUCACCUCAGGCUGUUGUCUGGGUACUUAAUUUGGACUUGUUUCCCCUGGUCACCAGUCUCCCCUCAGAUAUCCACAGGACAUGAAGCAGCUUCAGCCAUGGAUAAGAGGCUUUUCACUCUGCCUGUUGGGUAGCCCAGAGGAUCCACGAAGGUCAACCUGAGGCUGCACAGCCUCCUCCCCAGGGCAGUAGGAAUUGAUAUCUCAUUUUCUCCAGAUUGGGCUUCUCAUUCUUCUCCAGGAGGUCACAAUCUGCCUCUCUGGUAGGCCAUGCAUCCAUCUCUGUGGUGCCAGAAUCCAGUCAGGGCCUCCCUUUGGUCCUUACCAUAGGCUGCCAUGUGUUAUUGUCUAUGUUGUGCCCUCUAUGCCUCUGCUUGGCUGUGAGCUCCUUGAGUGACUCCUCACUGUGUCCUUUUUACCUUGAAUCACAAUGGCUUAUCUAAAAAUAUUUAAUUUUUUCUAUCACAUUCUGAAUUCCCUGGAGGUAAGGACUAUGUCUGAUUCCUCUCUUUGUCCUUUGCACCCAGAAUAGGGCCUGAAACAGAGUAGCCAGCAGUAAAGAUAUGCUGAAUGAAUGAAUGAGCCAACGAUCCUUGGCCUUUGAAGCUAGUUGAGAAGGCCAGGGGGAGUUCCACUGUAGGGAGGGGAAUGUUGCAUCCCUUUGUAGAUUAUGUGGCAUUUGGAACCUGCUGAACACUUACCCUCACUGUGUAUUCUCUGUUCUGACUUGCUUCCAGGUCAGUCACACUACUUCCUGGGAAUGGGCCUCUCUCUGGCUUGAGCUUGGUUGUCCCUGGCUUUCCCAAAGAUCACAGCCUAAAAGGUGCAGUGGGGAAAAUUUAUGGCCUGUUGGAGAAGAGUGAGCAGCCUAAUCAAGCCAAGCCUUGAUUUGGGGUUCUCACUUCACUGGCAUUUUCCCUCUGUCCCCAGUUGGAUUUUCUAUAAUAAUACUUUUCCAGGCCUCCAUAGGAGAUGCUGAAGCUCAGUGUGUUCUCAUUGGGUCUUGGCUUUGUGAUGCUGAGUGCCAGAAAUACUCUAUACCAUAAAAACUACCAUCAUUCUUUGAAACAAGAAAGAGAAAUAAAGAGCUUAAUUCUGGUGACUGUUUUUUUUUCUUAAACUGUAUGAUGAUUAUUAUACUAAUAUCUAGUUUGUGCCCAGCUUCUUUUAAAAAAUGAAUUUGAGGCAGUUUCUUGGUUUUCAUAAGAACUUUUACUUUCAGAAAACUUUACUAAUGAUAAUCCUUUGCACUUUUACACGUUGUUAUUUGAACAUAAUUACCUAUUAAGGGAAGCAGAGCAGGGAUUUCCAUGCCUGGUUACGGAGCACAAUGUCAUACACUAGCUUUUAAGAGGAGCAGCCAGAGGCACAGAGUCACCACUGACACCAAUGCUGGUGCUUGCCACUGCAUAUCUUAUCCUUUUUUCAAAACACCUUGAGAUUAUUCUCAAUUUGUAGCUAAAGAGGCCACAGAUAUUUAUUAAUACCCAAAUCAAGUGGAAUGAUAGCUUUAACUUAACUGCUGAUUUUUAUUUGAUUUUGUUCCAUUGAGAUGUUUAAGGCACUACUGAAUUUGACCAAAUGUUUCAGCAUAACUCCUUAAGCUGUGUCAGUAAAUCGGUCUGCUCUCUUAGAUUCACUCUUGGAAAGCUUUCAGACUGAGCAUGGUGGUUCAUACCUGCAAUCCCAGCACUUUUGGAAACCUGAAUCACAGAAAAACAUCCUUGGCUGGUGGAGAAUGCCUCUGUCAGUAGAAACCUGAAAGAAUGGAGCCAGGCAGAAACUGAUAAGGGUUGAGAGGCGGCGAGAAUCCUAAUGAUAGCCAGUAGGGUCCUUCACUGUUGUGACCUACCAGCCUUUAUUUCUUAAGCUAGUUUGAAUUAGAUAUAUAUAGCUUGCAACCAAAAGAAUUUAAGUACCCUUCCUCAGAAAAUUUGAUUAAUUGGUACCUCAACCUGUCAGUCACUACCUGGAACUGAAUACAAACCAUGAGGAAUUAACCUCUUUUUUUUUCUAAGUUUGCAUGCAAUCUCUUGCCUCUAUCACCUCAAGAAGCCUUGAUAGAAUCCCCACUUGCUCAUUGCCUGGCUUGGGUAUUAUAGCUACCUUGAUCUCCUCUCUGGUUACAGCAUGUGCAGCUUGUAAUCCAUCUUCAUCCUCUUUGCUUAUAAGUGCCUUUUUGAGGGGUGGCAUUGAGACUGCUUUAUCAAUAUCAUCAUCUGGCAGUUUGGACAGAUUCCUUGGUUGAUUGAUAGUCCCUGAAUGACAUGUCCAGUUUCUGUAUGCAUGCAUUUACAGCCUUGCAGAGGUUUGGGAACUUAGCACGUGGUAGUUCCUCACGUUCUCGUAGCCUAAAUGCUUUGAGGAAAAGAAAUAGUUCCUCAUCAUGUUCCUCAAUCAGGUGUCUUUUGACCCUCAGGAACCUCAUGAUGUCAUGACAUACGCCAGGCAACAAAGCUGCAUGGUUGAAACCUUCCUCAAUGAACCUAUGCAUUGUCACAUAUGGUGUAAUUUCAGAAAAUGUGGCAAUGAGUUUAAAUUGGCUUUUAAAGGCACAUGGGGUCAUCCCUAGGCUUGGGUCAGCAUCAAGUUUAAAAAGAAAGUAUGUGAUUUUGAUGUCAAAGCCUUUGCAUGCUAACCAUGAGGCAACCUCUUUAAAGUCAAGCACAGAUCAACUGACAGAGUCACCUCCAGAUCUGAUGGCAGGUAGUAGAGCAUUAAACCUUUUGGUGAUUUGUUGCAUUGGAUUGCCACUCAUCUUGCACACAGUGUAAUAUAUCAGAGAGAAGGCAGCUUUAACAACUUUGUGCUUGUAUGGAAGUUGCUCAUUUUGUUCCAGUCAGCCAUGAACCAUAGAGCAUUUCCACCUUCUUUUCCCAUGAUUGAUCUGUCUGGAGUGACGAAUUCUUUAAGCUCUGGAACAAGGAUAUAAAGUUGAUCAAAAGUAAAAUGAGCAUUGUGAUAGCACAGGACUUCCCAAAGUGAGAGUUUGCUCUUGGAAUUGAAGCAAGAGCCAUGCAGACAGCAUACACAUCUUAAGUCAUAGGCAACACAUUCACAGGUUCAUCAACUUUGCUAAGUUCUAAUGGCAUGUUUGCAGGUUCCAAUCACUAUGAGCUUUAAUAGUUUUGUUAACCUGUUGAUGAUCUUGCAUGAAGAUUGUCCAAUAAAUUACUUUAAAUACAGUCUACUAAAGUUUGGUGAACAGUAUUACCUAAUAGUAUAUUACCAGGAGAGACACUGGGCUGGAACAGAGAGAGGACUGGCCUAGGAGGAGCCAGGAGUUCAAGGCCUUGCCCUAGAGCUUGUCAGUAACCUGAUGGAUGACUUUGUGCAGGCCACUGCCCCCCUUAGGAACCAGCUGAUUCAGCUCUGUCAUGAGCAUAACCCUUGCCAAGCCCCCUCACCCCAGAGGGUGGUGUGGAUCUGAUAUGCUAGUGAAUCCUCAAAAGGGUUUAGCAAACAGUGAAGUGUUGUGUCAAGAGGAGAAGAUAAAUUGCCAUUAUCUUCCCUUUGAUCUCCAUUAUCCUUCAGCCCUGGCAAGGUUUGACAGUUGGAUGCUGAUAAUGAGAGUGAUGCAGAAGAGGGGAGGAAAGUGGGGCCCACUGAGGAGAGCACUCCAAGGUGGACAGCCAUCAUGCCUUGCCUCAGUCACACCCUUAGCAACCUGCAGAAAGGUCCAAUGAUUUUCACCGACCUUCUGAUUGUGCCCCAGACCUUCUGCUCCCCUGCUAUGAGGAACCACCCAGCCUGGGUGUGGAAGAGGGAAAUCUCAGCCCCAAGUAGUUGGGAAGGGACUUGGUCUGAGUGGUCUCAGCCCUCCAUAAGGCCAGGCAUAUUACAUUAUAGGAAGAAGAGGAAUAACAUUUGUAAAGUGCCUACUGUGUACUUUGGGUUAUACAUACAUUCUCUCACUUAAUUCAGCAAGUCUGUUUUAGAGCUAGGACAGUUGAGAUUCAGCAAGGUUACACAAUAUGUUCCAAUGUCACACAAUGAGUGAGUGUAACAGAAACCUCUGUUUUUAUCGUACAGCAAAGAAGAGGCAGAACUGGGGUGGGAGCAAUGCUUACCCUACAGGUUGAUAGGCAGAGAUAGUGCCUCUUAAGUCCUUGGAACAUGGUGGGCAUUCAGCAGCUGGUAAGAGGCAGCUGAUGAGGCAGCUGUAAAAGUGUGUCUUACAGUGCACUUGAGUCACCUCUCAAACCAAAAGUCUUCCUGUUCUAUUUUAUCUAAGAGAAAUGCAUUUGUUUCUCUGCUUGGAAGCCCCAGACCUAGCUGGAGAUUGUUUUCCAGUGCCCUCAACCUUCAGAUCAGAUGGCUUUCAAGACUCAGAGUCAUCCUAAACAUAGUUACUGUUGUCAUCAACUAGGAAUAGAAUCAGAAAUGAGAACCUGGAUCCUCUUAAGAGGUAAACAGAACUUGAUAGCAGAAGCUGACUUAGUGCCAAGUGAGAAGACCAGGGCCAGCAGGCACUAGGCAGAUCUCUGAGUCACAAGUUGGAGAUAGAUUCUGUUUGGGACUACAGCCAGUAACCCUGUCUCUGCAUUUCCCCACUAUGGGCCAGUCUCUAAAGUUGUACCCAGUGAGUAGGUCUCAGUCCAUCAUUGCAGUGUGGAUGGUCCGUCACACAUUAUCCCUAAUCCUUACAACAAUCAAAGGAGCAAGGCCUUGUCCCCAACCUGUGAAUCAGAAAACAGAGCCUUGAAAAGGUUAAGUCACUUCGGAAAAUCUCUUUAUAGGUUUUUCAUCUGUAAAAACAAUAAUAGGCUGAACAUGGUGGCUCACGCCUGUAAUCCCAACACUUUGGGAGGCCAUGGUGGGUGAGAAGUUCAAGACCAGCCUGGGCAACAUGGUGAGACCCUGUCUCUACAAGGAAAAAAGAAAAUACAAAAAUUAGCCAAGUGUAGGGGCAUGUACCGGUAGUCCCAGUUACUCGAGAGGCUGAGGUGGGAGGACCACCUGAACCCAGGUGGUUGAGGCUGCAGUGAGCCAUGAUCAUGCCAUUGCACUCCAGCCUGGGCAACAGAGUGAGACCCUGCCUCAAAAAAAAAACCAAAAAAUAAAAAAACAAAAAAAACAAGAAUAAUAAAAAUACCUUUUAUCUAAAAAGGUUUAAACUGUUAUCUAAAAACAAUAAAAGUUUUUUAGAUAAAAGUUUAAACCUUUCGUACACCGAAGAUGUUCAAAACAUGAGAACUGCCCUGAUUAUUAUUUUUUCCUACAGUAAUCAUAUUAGCCCAGAAUGUGUGCACAAUGUAUAUGUGAUGGUCUGAAUGUAUGUGUCCUCUGCAAAUCCAUAUGUUGAAACCUAACACCCAAGAUGAUGGUCUUAAGAGGUAGGGUCUUUGGGAGGUGAUGAGGUCAGGGCAGAGUCCUCAUCAAUGGCAUUGGUGACCUUAUAAAAAACCUGAGGGGGCUUGCUAGCCCCUUUCCCCUUCAUUCAUGUGGAGAAUGCAGCAACAAGAUGCUGUCUGUGAGGCAGAGAGUAAGCCCUCACCAGACACCAAAUCUGGUAGCUUGAUCUUAUACUUAUCAGCCUCCAGAACUGUUGAGCAAUAAGUGUCUGUUGUUAAAAAAGUAUCUGUUGAGCAAUAAGCUUCUGUUGCCUAGUCUGGCCAGGUGUGGUGGUUCACCACACCUUAGGAGGUGAGCCCCAGCACUUUAGGAGGCUGACGGCGAGGGGGUGGAUCACCUGAGGUCAGGAGUUCGAGACCAGCCUGGCCAACAUGAUGAAACCCCCAUCUCUACUAAAAAUACAAAAAGUAGCUGGGCAUUGUGGCUUCCACCUGUAAUCCCAGCUACUCAGGAGGAUGACACAGGAGAUCUCUUAAAACCAGGGAGGCUGAGGCUGCAGUGAGCCAAGAUUGCACCAUUGCACUCCAAUCUGGGCAACAAGAGUGAAACUUUGUCUAAAAAAAAAAAAUUGCCUCGUCUAAGGAGAUUUUGUUAUAGUAGCCUGAGCUAAGAUAUGUAUGCAGUACCUUUAAAUUUAUGUGUGCAUAUGAAUCACCUGGGGAGGAUUUUAUUAAAAAAGAUCCUGGCCCCACCGACCCUCAAGCCUCCCCUUCCACAAGAAUUUAAUUCAGUAAAUCUGGGAUGGGACCUAAAAAUUUGCAUUUCUGACAAGUUCCCAAGUAAUACCGAUGCUGCAAGUGCACAGACCACUCUUCACGUAGAAUUAUGUUAUGGUACUUACUUCUCCAUCUGUUGCCUUAACUACCUCCUACUCACAUUCUUGCCAGCCCCAUGAGGUAGGAGGAAUAGAGACUGUUACUACUACUGUUCUGUGGAAUCAAGCUUCACUUCCCAAACAGGUGUCCAACUUGUGUCCCUAGCUGCCAGUCAGCUGUAUCCUUCCUGGGUCAGAAAUUUAGCUUUCUCAUGACAUAGUCAUUACCUGGGAUUCCUACUGAUAUUCUUUCCAAUCAAGGUAACAUCAUAGCAUGGGCACAGACCUGGACAAGUGGGCACAGGAUGCUUCACCACCCAUACAGCAGAUUUGCAAGACUCUGGGUUCAGCCAAGGACUCAAGCUGUGUGAAAGGGGCUUUUUUUCCUUGCAAAAGGGAGAACAAGGGUCAGAGCACAGAGUAGGAGCUAUGUCUAGACAUUUGCCAAACUAGAGAUUGCUGAACUCCAUGGGUUUGUGGGUCAAAUACGAGAUUCAAGGGUGUGGGGCUACAUUGUACUCAUCAUCCAGACAAUAACCUGACCCUAUGUCUGAUCUAGACUCUCAUGUUUUGCCUUUGGUGGCCACACUGUGGCCAAAGUCAAGUGUUUCUUGACACCUCUCUCCUUAGCUCCCUCCCCUAAGUGGCCCCAGAUUCAGGUUUCUUUGGGGUCAAGACCUUGGAAAAUCAUCAAGAAGCUGCAGUGCCUUUCCUGCUACUCUAUGUGCCUGGUUUGGAAGCUCGGGUUUCUGUUUUGAAGUUAUGGUUAUAGGCCAUGCAUUUUGGGUUAAGGCCAAGUCCAAUGGGCAGAUAUGAGCUUUGAGGAGAGGGCGCCAAGUCUGUUUGUUUACCAUAUUAUUCCAUCCUCUAGCUUAGCACCAUCCCCUAGCAUAUCGGGGCUCAAGUAUUUGUUGAAUGAAUUAAUGGCCAUUCUAUUUUUAAUCACUUGGAGGGCAGAGAUCCUCCAAAAUUGGAAACUCAAAGGUAGAUCCUGGGUAGGUGGACACUCUUGCCUUUCUUGACCCACUUGAUCCUCAGCAGCCCUAGUUAAAGUGAGCCCUGGAUUUAGGAAGGUGCCAUUAAGAGAAUCCCACCCUGGAGCUGAGGAAGAUCUACUUUGCCGUUCCAGUCAUCCAGGUUCAUAACAUGUUCUUUGUUGCUACUCAGAAACCUUUCCUAAAGUCUGGUCUAAACACUCUAGCCUGGCAUCUGCUGGGUCAAUGGCUGUAAGGAGUAGUUGAGUGAGCACCUCCAACCUAGAGCCCUGAAAGUGGCGAGUGGGGCUCCCAAAGGCCAGCAUGGUGGUGACAGUAGAAAUCAGUGAGGGGAGACCUAACAGAAAAGAUGAAUCUUGAGGCCAGAGCCAAGAAUCUCCACCCCUCAUAUGAAGAUGCUCACUUGGAGGGGGCUGAUGACUUCAACUCUGAGCCUCUUAGCCUGGUUUUUAUAAGGGCUGCCACUGCAAUUUCCUUACAGCUCUUGGGAGGAUAGUCUCCAUAUUUGCUUACAAGGCCAGUGAGUAUCCCAGUGCUUCAGGUAUUCCAAAUGGGAGGGCACAGGACUUGUCCUAAGCCCAGAGUUGGGGAAAAUCCUUAUCAGACUUCCCUGAGCUUGAUGGGGCUGCAGACACACUAUACUUGCUAAGGAGUUGAGGCUGAUCCCACCAGCUAGGGACAGAUGGGUUCCAGAUUCAGGGGCUCAGAUAGGUGGAUGUGUUUAAGCAGGGCUGCUAUUGUUGGUGCCCAAUACAGACGUACCUAGCCAAGAGGCAAAUGAGGCCUGAAAUCCAGCCAAGAGUGGAGCUCCCAACCCUUGAAAUCAUAAGGCUGCAACUGUCCGAAGGUGCAUCUUUUCUAAUUAGCACAGGGUAGACCUUGGGAAAUCCUAGUUGAGGGUAUCUGAGGUGGGGCUAAUCAUGGCUGCCUGAGUACACUGAGCUGAGAAGUCCAUGCCUGACUUUUUUGGGGAUGUUGGCGAAAGGCUGACUCUCCUUGCACUGUCUGAGAGAGGUUGACCUGGGCCUGUGAGCCAGGCUGAGCUCCCAUUGGGAUUAUGUCCCAAAGGGGAUGCCUUUGGGACAUGCCUGCCCUGCCUAGAGCAUGCUAGACCACUCUCAAAAGAGACAUCUUUAUUGGACAAUGGGACCUCUGGUCUUGGGGUAGAAAUUAGUAAAAUCUAUUUUCUGUGACAAGACUGGGAGGUAGGAAGGAAAACACUUAAAUGACAUUUAGAAGAAUGUAAUUUAUUAAAUAGAACCUUAGCAAAGAGAGAAAAAAAAUUAAGGUUAUGCUUACAAUAAAGAGAAAGCUUGGAGCAGAAGUGACAAGUCUUUGUCCUAACUCAAGUUUUAGCACUUUUUUAAAAGCCCUCCCCUCCCUCCCUCCUUCUUUUCUUUCCCCACCCACCCCUGCCUUUUAAAACUAGCUGAGUGAGAACUUGGACAAUCCACUAAAUUCUGAGCCUACUUUUCUUCCUCAGUAAAGUGGGCACAACAACUCUCACCUCUUAGGUUACUGAGAGGAUCUAGAAUGCAUCUGUGUAAUGGGCUUGGGAUGGAGAUAAGGUGACCUUGUUCUCCUUCCUGCCUUCUUCCUAGUUGUGAUGGUUAAUACUGAGUCAACUCGGUUGGAUUGAAAGAUGCAGAGUAUUGAUCCUGGGUGUGUCUGUGAGAGUAUUGCCAAAGGAGAUUAACAUUUGAAUCAGUGGUCUGCGAAGGGCAGACCCACCCUUAAUUUGGGUGGGGAUCAUCUAAUCAGCUGCCAGUGCAGCUAGGCUAUAAAGUAGGCAGAAAGAUGUAAAAGACUAGACUGCCUAGCCUCCCAGCCUACAUCUUUCUCCCAUGCUGGAUGCUUCCUGCCCUCAAACAUCAGAUUCCAAGGUCUUCAGUUUGGGUCUCAGACUGGCUUUCUUUGCUCCCCAGCUUGCAGAUGACCUAUUGUGAGAACUUGCAAUCAUGUGAGUUAAUAUUUAAUAAACUCCCCUUUGUGUAUCUAUCUAUUCUAUUAGUUCUGUCCCUCUAGAGAACCCUGACUAAUACAGUAAAUUGGUACCAGUAGAGUGGGGUGUUGCUGAAAAGAUAUCCCAAAAUGUGGAAGUGAUUUUCGAACUUGGUAGCAGGCAGAGGUUGGAACAAUUUGGAGGGCUCAGAAGAAGAGAGGAACAUAUGGAAAAGUUUGGAAGUCCCUAGAGGCUUGUUGAAUGACUUUGACAAAAAUGCUGAUAUUGAUAUGGCCAAUGAAAUCCAAGCUAAGGUGGUCUCAGAUGGAGAUGAGGAACUUGUUGGGAACUGGAGUAAAGGUGACUCUUGUUAUGUUUUAGCAAAGAGACUGGUGGCAUUUUGCCCCUGCCCUAGAGAUUUGCAGAACUUUGAACUUGAGAGAGGUGAUUUAGGAUAUCUGGCAGAAGAAAUUUCUAAGCAGGAAAGCAUUCAAGAAGUGACUUGGGUACUGUUAAAGGCAUUCAAUUUUAUAAGGGAAGUGAAGCAUAAAAGUUGGGAAAAUUUGCAGCCUGACAAUUCAAUAAAAAAGAAAAUCCCAUUUUCUGAGGAGAAAUUCAAGCUGGCUCUAGAAAUUUGCAUAAGUAAUGAGGAGCUGGGUGUUAAUUCCCAAGACAAUGGGGAAAAUGUCUCCAGGGCAUGUCAGAGGUUUGCAUUGCAGCCCCUCACAUCACAGGCCCAGAGGCCUAGAAGGAAAAAAUGGUUUCAUGGGCCAGGCCCAGGGUCCCCAGGCUGCUCCAGCUGUGGCUGAAAGGGGCCAAUGUAGAGAUCGGGCCAUGACUUCAGAUGGUGCAAACAUCAAGCCUUGGCGGCUUCCACAGUGUUCAAAACAUGAGAGCUGCCCUGAUUAUUGGUUUUUUCCUACAGCAAUCAUAUUAACCCAUAAUGUGUGCACAGUGUGUAUGUGAUAGUCCCUGCCCCAUGUGUUGUUGAGCCUGCCAGUGCACAGAAGUCAAGAAUUGGAAUUUGAGAACCUCUGCCUAGGUUUCAGAGGCUGUAUGAAAACACCUGGAUGUCCAGGCAGAAUUUGCUGCAGGGGCGGGGCUCUCAUGGAAACCCUCUGCUAGGGCAGUACGAAAGGGAAAUGUGGGGUUGGAGCCUCCACACAGAAUCCCUACUGGGGCACUGCAUAGUGGAGCUGUGAGAAGAUGGCCACUGUCCUCCAGACCCCAGAAUUGUAGAUCCACUGACAGCUUGUACUGUGCACCUGGAAAAGCUGUAGACACUCAAUGUCUGCUUGUGAAAGCAGCCAGGAGGGAGGCUGUACACUGCAAAGCCACAGGGACAGAACUGCCCAAGAUGAUGGGAACCCAACUCUUGCAUCAGUGUGACCUGGAUGUGAGACAUGGAGUCAAAGGAGAUUAUUUUGGAGCUUUAAGAUUUGACUGCCCUGCUGGAUUUUGGACUUUCAUGGAACCUGUAACCUUUUUGUUUUGGCCAAUUUCUCCCAUUUGGAAUGGCUAUAUUUACCCAAUGCCUGUACCACCACUGUAUCUAGGAAGUAACUAACCUGCUUUUGAUUUUACAGGCUCAUAGGUGGAAGGGACUUACCUUGUCUCAGAUGAGACUUUGGACUGUGUUAAUAAGUUAAGACUUUGGGGGACUGUUGGGAAAGCAUGAUUGGUUUUGAAAUGUGAGGACAUGAGAUUUGGGAGGGGCCAGGGGGCGGGAUGAUAUGGUUUGGCUGUGUUCCCACCCAAAUCUCAUCUUAAAUUUUUACAUGUUGUGGGAGGGACCUGGUGGGAGGUAAUUUAAUCAUAGGGAUAGGUCUUUCCCAUGCUGUUCUCAUGAUAGUGAGAUCAGUCUCACGAGGUCUGAUGGCUUUAUAAGGCAGAGCUUCCCUUCACAAGCUCUCUCUUUACCUGCUGCUAUCCAUGUAAGAUGUGACUUGCUCCUCCUUGCAUUCCACCAUGAUUGUGAGACUUCCCCAGCCACAUGGAACUGUAAGUUGAUUAAACCUCUUUCUUUUGUAAA